UUAAGUUGGUUUCAUAUUAUUAAUGACUUUGAUAUAUUAUGUGUAGAGUAUAUAAUGCAGUUACAUAACAGUUCAGAACAGAAUAUCUACUAAAAAAUCAUUUUAAAAUAUUCGGGAUAGCUAUUUUGUAGUUAUAAUCAUUUUAUACUAAUUUGUAAGAUCAGUGCCGAAUGCCGAUAUCAUUUAAAUAUAUAUUUAUAAAUUUAUAGUAGAACCAUGACGUUCUCCUGGAUUUUUAUUAUCACGUUCUCAUGGAUCGGCACCGCCAGCCUCCAGUACAUCAACCAUGCAGACCCUGCCAUUGAAACCCCAUUGGAACCACUAGAUUCGGCUGAUACCUACCCACCGUUACCAUACAUCAAUUACUUCAAUAUGCCCUCCCCCAGUAACCAUUACGAAUCUAUUCAAAAUGAUAAUCCUGUAGAACACAGUCAGUUUUUUGACCAAGGUCAUGAUUCUAUAGACUCGCAGCGUAAGAGACGAACUGCUGAAGAAAUGAAAGAAGUUACUGAAAAAUAUUGGGCGCCGAAUUUAGUUGAUAACGAUAAAACAUUCUUUUUGCGCAACGAUGAGAGAGUGAGCCCAGUUAUUGUUCCAUCAUUUGCUAUUGGGUCUAGUGGACCUGAGGGAAAUUCGACAUAUAAAAACGAUCUGAAUUCGAUGGAAAAACGGAGUUUCAGUCCAUGGGGAGGUAAGAGAGAUAACGCCAAUAUUGCCGAGCAUACGUGGACUUGGAAAAGGUCCAUCGGUAUCCGAGAACCAAGCAUGCCCAAGCGGGUUAGAUUCAGCCCAUGGGGAGGAAAGCGGAGUGGGCAAAUUAUAUAUAAACCAGGAGCAAAAGGUUCAAAAAUAAUAUUUUCUGCCUCUGUGCCAGAACUGACUCGGAUAAUAUCCAAUUACCUGCCAAGCGGUAAUAGCUUGGAUGUAGCUGGUUACCAGUUUAUACCAUCGUUGGACAAACGACACCCUAUCAAGAUCUUGGCUUUGAGCACUAAAAUGGACGAACGAACACUUCGAGAUGCCUUGCCCUUUAACACGUUUAUGGAAACCAUUCCGAGAAUCUUUAAGCCUGGUCAUCCAUAUUUGGAUAUUAAUUUGAAAAAAGACGGAAAGAGGAAGGUGAAAUUCAGUGCAUGGGGCGGCAAGAGGUCUCCUCCCAUCAUCGGACCUAUCUGGACACCCGUAGCACAAGACAUCAAAGAUUCCGCUUUGGAUACGAUAGUGUUAGUUCGAAACCAAGAAGAUGACUCCUAGGUCUAUAAUAACUUCGAUCAAGCUUAUGGCACAUGGUAACUGUGAAAUUUUCUAAUACUCAAAUAAACCUGAUGAAGCAUUAUAAUUAUGUUUAUUUGUUUUUUGUAAGUGCCAUAAUAUAAUAGUCUGCUAAAAUAUUCAAGAAAUAAAGGAGCCUUUGACAAAGAGGCUGGAUUUGUCAAAGGUUAUUAUGGCAUUAUAUCAAUGUAUUAUAUAUAUAAAAAUAUUAGUUAAUUGUUGUUUUCGAAUGUAAUUGUUUAAUAUUAUAAUUAAUUAAAGGCCAAAUACAUGCCUAA